UAUGGCAGAUUCAGCACUGUAGCGGUCUAAGCGUUAUGACUAUAAAUACUGCGAACGUUUUAAUAUAGAAUAUAUAUACUGUUAUUUGUGUCCGUUAAUACCGAUAUGAUACUUCGUGGAUUUUUCUUAUUUGCGUUGGCCAGUUGCUCUUUCGGGAGAAGCGUUAAGUCCAAUGCAGAAGAUUACGCGGCCACUGUGACUGCCUCUUCCGGUGUUAUAACUAGCCCAGGAUACCCGAAUAGUUAUGGUACUUCGGACGCUUCGAGCUGGAAAUUCAGAGUCCCGGGAGCGCAGUCUUAUACCUUAACAUUUGAUGAUAUGGAUUUAGACAAAUCGGGAUGCUGGGAUUACAUUGUAAUUUACGAUGAUGAACAGUUCACUGCACCAGGAGACACCAUUUGCAACCAGCCAACUGCCCCAAUAGUAAAACACACAUCGGAAAUUACAAUUUCAUUUCUAACGGCGUCCGCAUUUGCCGCUGGUCCCCGCGGGCGUGGAUUUAAAAUUUCCUAUCAAGCAAGUGGAAAUGUUUUCCCAACAAUUCCACCAACUGACCCAGCUCCAGUGACCACACCAGCUGUAACUGCUACCCCAGAACGUACAACUUUACCCCCUACACCUGUGGCCACAGGCGCCGCUACUACAAUUAGGUUAACCACUUUACCCUAUACGCCCCCACAAACUAACUUCCCGACGAACCCGCCACAGGGGGGAAAUUUUCCUCCUGGCAACCAAGACGACAGCCAGUGCGGCCAGCCAGCGUACCAGCCAAUGGUAACUGGCUUAGACUAUAUCGGGCAGGGACAACUGGUUUCGUACAACUCGCCGCGAGUGGUGAACGGGGAAACAGCUGUACCACAUAGUUGGCCAUGGCAGGUAUCACUUCAAGGGUCUUAUGGCUCAGCAUAUUGUGGGGGUACUUUGGUUCGAGACCAAUGGGUUGUUACUGCAGCUCACUGCGCAGCACUUAUAUUCAUUGGUACCUACGGUUCCGACCAAGUGGGCUUAGGCAUGCAUGAUAAAACUUUGCCAGAAUCUUCAAGACAACUUAUUGACGUAGUAGCAGUUUAUGUACAUCCUCAAUACGAUAACCCAGAUCGUAGUCACGACGUUGCUAUGGUGAAAAUGGCAACUCCGGCUAUUUUAAACGAUCAAGUAUCUUUGGCAUGCGAGGCCCACGAAGGCUGGGAAUUUCCACCUGGCAUGGAAUGCGUGGUUACCGGAUGGGGCGUUACAGUAGAAGGCGGGAAUAGGGGGACUAACAUCUUGCAGCAAGCACCCCUGCCUCUUAUGAGCGACCAAGACUGUUAUGAUUUAUACCAACAAGCUGGAUUAGAUACAACAUCAGAUAUGCAAUGCGCAGGAGGCGUGGGACAAGGAGCAUGUAAUGGAGACAGCGGGGGCCCUCUAAACUGUUACGUCAAUAACAGAUGGUAUCAUAUGGGUAUUGUAAGCUUUGGCGAAGCUAAUUGUGACACCGAAAUAGCCAGUGUUUUCGCCAAGGUUUCCCAUCUGCGAAAUUUCAUUGAUAGCACGAUCGAAAAUUUUUCGUGAUCGCGCGAAUAAAUUUGUGACGUAAGAACGACGUUACUGUAUAUC